UAUGACUAGAUAUAUCUGAAAUGUCACAAAUGUUUUUAAGUUCGUCCAGUUAGCUGGCAAAUUAGUUUGAUAUGUAAUUGAUUUGCCUUAAUCCAGAACUGAUAUAAAUUUUUUCCGCAAUCAAAUUGUUUGUUUUUCUGUUAUAGCGAGUUUUUAAUCGCGUAUUUUCGCAUACGUUAAGAUAGCUAGCUAGCUAGGUCUGUAGUGUGACAGGAGUUGUAUACAGAACCGACUGGGUUGUGCUGUCAUUAACGUUACUUAUUUGCAGUGUUUCCAUGCUCAGGAUUUUUCUGUUCAGUGUUUUUUUAAAUCACUGUUAAUUGAUGUGAUUCGUUUUAUUGCACGGUUUUCUUUUGAGUGUACCGCGGCAAUCAAGCUCAUCUCAAAUACAUAUCCCACAGAAAGCCUCUACCUACUCACUGGCAUUUCCCCCACUAUGUCUCGGUCAGAGACAUGUUGCAUUUGUGGGGUGAGUUUUGUGAGGGGCCCCAAGGGUUACAACAGGAGAAAAGCUACCACCCUGACCAGCCCCAAGACCUUCAAGUUAGUCUUUGAUAUCACUCCCGAUGACUCAUCUUUCCUCUGUUGGACCUGUGUGGGUGUUCUCAGAAGGAAAACUAAGCAAAACAAUAAACUUUGGAUUUGGUCAAAUUUGCCAACCAAACACCAAAUGAAACGUGGCAGACCUCGAAAGGUAUUAUCCAGUCAGUCUCCAGUUAUAACCAACCCAUCCUCAUUAUCCAGAGAAGAGGAGUGUGUGCCUUCUAUAAAAACAAAACGAAGACCUGUCCGCCAUUGGGAUGGAGAAAAAUGGAUAACCAUUACCUCUGGUUCCCCUGUACCACAUUCAACACCCAUCACCCAACCUCAAAUUACCAUAGCUGCAACUAUACACUCUGCUUCAGCACCAUCACAUCAGUCUUCAAAUCAGUUAAAUUCCAUAACAAGUCAAACGUCAAAGUGGACCAGUGAUUUAUUGUCUACUGGAGACCGACCCACUGAAAGUGGUCGGAAGUUGCCUCAAUCUUCAACACACUGCACACCCCUGCCUUCAUUCCCCACUGAAGGGGCAGUAAGGCCUGAGAAGAAAAAGCUCCCUGUCUCCAGGACGAAGCAGAGCUAUACUUUCAGCCCCAAUGCGAAGGCUCUAUAUUACAUGCACAAUCAUAAACACCUGAAGGCUUUCAGGGCUCUGAUGAAGACCAAGGCCAGGGAAGCUAUGACACUUUUCCUCGCAGAGAUCAUCACUCGGGAGAGUAAGAUGUUGAUGAAGGACCAACGUGGGCCAUUCCGUCAGCCCCUGACAGAGGCAAAUGUGAGUGGGUUUUCUUGGGAUGCGGUUUUAACAUGGGGGAAGGAAAAAGCUCCUAUGACCCUGGCAUGUCUUAAUGCCAUGUUCCCGAAACCCAACACCAUCCGAACACAGGUUAUAAAGGGAGUCCAGAGGAAUAAACGCCCGAGGACAGAAGAGGAGGCCGAGAAAGUGAUCAACCAGAGGGUGGGGCUUAUCCUGGCCAUAGUCCUCUUCACCUCCAUGCAGAGGUGUAACUUCUUCCAAGCCUUUUUAGGGGCAGAGUUCUGGAAACAGGGCUGUCCUCCCAGCGUAUUAGAAGCUCUUAACUCCCUGGGGGUGUGUCCCAGUGCAGCCUCCACCAAGAGAUAUGCAGAGAGGCUGACAACCAGGUGUGAUCCAUGCCAGAAGAAGGGGACAGAGGAAGUGGUGGAGGACCCUGUGAAAUCCUUAUUUGGAUCUAAGGAUGAGAGUCCGAUUCUGCCAUGCCCUGAAAGGUGUCCUGCUUUCCCUCCAACUCACUUUCUGUCUGGGUCCCUUGACCAAUUCCUCACCACAGCUCUCCUUAAUGAGAGCAGCAAAGAUGGCUCACAAGACCCAACUGAAAAUCUCGACUCCAAAGAGUACCUCAACCUGAGCAACGAACAUGAUUACCACAGAGCCCAGACACCUCUACUAAGUCAAUUGAGAAAGAACAUGGAGGACCAGAGUGAGGCAGACAAAAAAACGGAAACUCCUAAGAAGAUGACCAAAAAUAACCCUGCUCACUCACCUCCAGUAUUAAAUGUAUCCGAAAUGUACCACUCAGUGAUGGAGACUUCUGAAGUAGUUGAGGCAAGUGUGCAAAGUUCUGAAACAUCUCAAGUAAAGGACACACAUGUGGAACUCCUUCUAAACAAUACCAACAAGGAACCUGGUGAUGUAAGUAAGACAAAUGUAGAAAAUGUCCAAAUGUCUGGAGAGAGCAGGAUGAACAGAGAACCAAUUAAAAUGCCCAAUAGAGGCAGGCCAAGGAAAGAACUGGCUCAAGUAAGCAAAAGAAAUGUAAAGGACACUCAAACCUCCAAAAAAACCUGUACAAAUUUGGAACCGACUCAAAUUCUCAGAAGAGAAAGACCAAGAAAAAAAACUUUCCCAAUGGCUCAAAUAAUUGAUGCACAAAACAAACCCAUUCAAGUAACGAAUACACACAUGAAACCUGCUGAGACAAAUGAGAUGGCCAGAGACUCCGUUGCCCAAAAGGUGAGGCAUGAGAAGGGGGACACAGAUUUGUCUAAAAUGCCCAGAAGCAUUAUAACAAGGAAGAGACAAAGUAACAUUCCCCAAGUUUCUGACACAAACCAAAACAGUAAUAAAAUUCCCAAAAUUCCCUUAACUAAGAACAAGGAAUCCGAUGAAGUAAUUGAGACAUGCAUUGAACCAGCUCAAAGACGUAGGAGGGGUAAGGAUCCAUCUAAAAUGUUACGAGGGAGGACAAGGAAGAGACCAAUUGAUAUUGACCAAGAAACUGAGAUUCACCCAGAAGGUGGUCCUGUGCCUCAAGUUGUUGAAACAUGUCAGCAGUCUGUCCAAGGAUGUAACAGAAAGAAAAAGCUCAGUGGGACACCUCACUCAAAACAAACUAAGAAAGAACCUGCAAAGAAAACUGAAGAACCAGUUCAAAUGGGAUUAAUGCCAAAGCGCAAAAAAGGCAGGCCAAGGAAAGAAAUUGGUCACGUAUGCGAUAGCAGCAAGGAAACCCCCCCAGUGCACAAAAUGAGGAACAUAGUCAGAGAACCAGCUCUGACACGGGGGAUCAAAAUUAUUGUCAGUAGGAUGGAAAGAAAUUAUCCUGCUCAAAUGCCCAAAGUAAGUGAAGUGCACAAUGAACCUGUUCAGGUAAGCGAAGAAAACGUGGGACCUGCCAGGACCAUCCUGAAAACCACUUCAACAGUAAAAAAGUUGGAGGAGGAGCCUGUUCAAAAGCCUCAGGCGAACAAAAAAAACACAGAACAUGAGCACACGUCUCAUAUAUUGGAAACGAUAAAGGAACACAUUGAACUAACCAGCUCAAACAAUGGAACUGCUGUGCCUGUUUUAAGCUGCAUAGACAAAGAAGCCGCUCAGAUCUACAAGAUAAACGACAAAAUCAAAGAAGAAUUUCAGAACCAAGUGAUUAGAAUAGUUGACACCAGGAUGAGAGUAAACAAAGAACUUGAUUCAGUGCCCCAAGUAAAUGAACACGUCCCAGAACCUGCUAUGACACCUGAAAUAAGCAACUCAAACAACCAACCGACACGAGUGAUCAGAAUAGUUGUUAAUAGGAGGGUGGCAGCUGGCCUUUGUAGUCCGGCACGGAAAGGGCUGGAGUGUCUAGCUGAAGUAGCUGCAAAAUGUGCUCCUUUAGAUGUUAAAUCUGCUGAAUAGGAUGAAUAGAUACUUUAUGUACAUACAGUUAGGUCUGGAAAUAUUUGGACACUGACACAAUUUUCAUAAUCUUGGCCCUGUAUGCCACCACAAUGGAUUUGAAAUUAAACAAACGAGAUGCAAUUGAAGUGCAGACUUUCAGCAUUCAUUCUAGGGGUUGAACAAAAAUAUCGUAUGAAACGUUCAGGAAUUGCAACAAUUUUCAUACCCGGUCCCCUUAUUUCAUGACCUUAAUUUUUUCCCAUUACAUUUAACACAAUCAUAAAUAAAAUGUAAAUUUUUAUUACUUUGUCCAGAAUCCUUUGCAGGCAGU